AUUCUUGCCGUACCGGUAUUGUUCUUGCAUUGUUUGAUUCUGCCAGAAACCUCAGUUGCGAUCUCUUGGAGUUACUAGGGGAAAGAAGAAAGAAACGUAGAAUAACAAUCAAAGAGGGACAGCAAUAAACGAUGGCUGCAACGAAAAURAAGUCCCMGUUCUGGAUCUUUCAGAAUAAUCUUUUACGAGUGUUYCGCAUGAUUGCACUUGUUACUGCUGUUCAAAUGAGCGUUCUGCGUUUCACCUUCGUUGCUUCUCUCGCACCGCCAAAUACCACCACGAAGGACUCUACGGCAUGCAGCAGCAGACGGGAGGUCCUAACGAGCAUUGUAUCAUCGGCAUCAAAAAGAUCGUGCGCAAUUAGCAUACUUGUAACAGUGUCUUUGGCACAAACGGCCCGAGCUGCAAUCGAUGUUUCGGGCUUGAAGGUCGAAACUCCAAAUGCCACCGACGUCUUUUUGGGCRGCACCUACUAUCCAGAUGACGAUUUGGAUCGAGAGGGAGYCGACGGCCGGAUAUCCAGAAUGAAGUAUAGAAUCGAACUGGCAUCGUCCAACACAGCAUCAGCUUCCUCGGCGUCGGGAGACUUUUUUGGAUUGUAUCGAUUCAUCAAAGUCAAAGGAACAAGCACCGCAAUUAGCAGUAGCCGAGAUGACUACAUCGAAUUCCCGGGAGMAAUAUUCCAGUGUACUGGUAGCAGUGAUCGUGACAGACASGGACAGCAGUGCGUAUCAAUUGAUUUUUCAGCCAUAGGUGGACCCAAAGAUGCAAAAGGCUUUUGGGACGAAAGCGAAGGGGGAAUCAGAUUUUUCCGUGACAACAAAGUCUGGUCGAAGCAAUAGUACAGGAACAUUUACACUUGCUACAAUUAAAAAARAUCAAUGWA